GAGCGCUAGGCUGUGAAUCAUCGCCCGAAAGGCGUGUGUGUGAGUGCGUGUGUAUUUGGCACUCUGACACUCACACAGGCGUAUCACGCGCGCUCAUCGAACGAGCGAGAAGCCAUCACGAGAUUGCGUGUGUCUCGGUGUGUAUAUGAACAGGAGGGAAAGAGAGACAGGGACGGAGAGAGAGAGAGAGCGAGCACACACGAAGCUCAGUGUGAGUAAUACGAGAUACAAACUUUGGAACAGUGUAAAAUACAGUCGUCGACCAUUCAAAUCGCUCUCUCGCGCAUUCUGUGUGUUCUUCUCAGUGAGUAACGAUAUUUCAAAGCAAUUUUCAAUUCGGUAUUCAUCGCUGUUGUGUUAAGAGAAUAGAUUGUGUGCUGUGCCCGUUGUCUGGAUAAUUUUUUCGUGGUUACAAAUUUUUUAAAAUCGAAAAACAUCAACGAUGUCGGAACGUGAAAAUAAUGUUUACAAAGCUAAAUUGGCUGAACAAGCUGAACGUUACGAUGAAAUGGUUGAAGCCAUGAAGAAGGUUGCUUCACUCGACGUGGAAUUGACAGUUGAAGAGCGAAACCUCUUGUCGGUAGCCUACAAAAAUGUCAUCGGUGCUCGUCGUGCAUCAUGGAGAAUCAUUUCAUCCAUUGAACAAAAAGAAGAGAACAAGGGAGCCGAAGAGAAAAUCGAAAUGAUCAAAAACUACCGUGGUCAAGUGGAGAAGGAGUUGCGUGACAUCUGCUCAGACAUUUUGAAUGUUUUGGAAAAACAUUUGAUUCCAUGCGCUGGUACCGGCGAAAGCAAAGUCUUUUACUACAAAAUGAAGGGUGAUUACCACCGUUAUUUGGCUGAAUUCGCCACCGGCACCGACCGCAAAGAUGCCGCCGAAAAUUCACUAGUUGCAUACAAGGCUGCUAGCGAUAUUGCGAUGACUGAUCUUCCACCAACACACCCAAUUCGGCUUGGUCUUGCUCUCAAUUUCUCGGUAUUCUACUAUGAAAUCUUGAACUCUCCGGACCGUGCCUGCCGAUUAGCUAAAGCAGCAUUCGACGACGCCAUCGCUGAGUUAGAUACCCUAAGUGAAGAAAGCUACAAAGACUCCACCCUCAUCAUGCAACUGCUAAGAGACAAUCUCACACUAUGGACAUCGGAUAUGCAAGGCGAUGGUGAAGGUGAACAAAAGGAACAAAUUCAAGAUGUAGAAGACCAAGAUGUAUCAUAAUUUACACAACUAUCCUCAUCUAAACAGUAAACAAGAAAAAAAACAAAAACACACAUCCUCUUCACAAAACAAUUUUCAACACAAAUUCAGCAAAAGUAAACCAAUCAUUUAAGAAAGCGUUUAGUAAACUCAAAAAAAAGAAGAAAAUGAAAACACGGCAUGAACUCUAUCAAAUGAAAAUAGAAGAAGCAUUUUCAAAAUAAAACCAUACAAAAAACAUAGAAAACAAUUACAGUUUUUUUUUAAAUUUCUUUACAUUUAAAACCAACAACAAGAACAACACAAAAUGAAAAAAAAAUCACAAAAAAGGAAGGGAUUAAGAAAAAAAAUCAUUUUAAAAAUCACAAAAAAUAUUAAUAACGAUUAUUUACAUUGUGAAGCGUGUGUGAAAAGUAAAAGAGAAGCAUCUAAUUUUAAGGAAAGUAAUUAAAAAAAAAUGAAAAAAAUGAAAGAAUAUAUAAGCUAAGGUAAACAUAAAUUAUGAUUAUGUAUUGUUUUGUCAGUAAAGAGUUAAACAAGCAACAACAACAACCGUAAAAGAAAAGGAAAAGAAAAGAAAAAACCAGAAACAAAUAGAACUUCAGUAUCAAACACCAUUUUACACUUGCAGAAAUGGCAGCAGUAGGCAAUAAACAAUUCCGAAUGAAAAAAAAAACUCUUCUGAUGGCCCAUUUUUUAGUCAAUGUGCAAUGCAUAUUUUUCUGCAUUGAAAAUUCCAUUUGACAUACAUUUUGUUUGUUUAUUAUUUUUUUGUUUUCUUUUUUAAAACGCAUUGGUGCAUCCACUGAGACACGAAUCACUACUACUUUAUAUACUAUUUCAGAAUGGGCUAGCCACCAACGCUUGUAUGCGUUGUUUGAUUGCCAUUUAGCCCGUCAUUCAUGCAACCAAAUCACAAAGAACAAAACUCCUCACAAAUGCCACUACACAUCCCACACAAUACAAAACGCUCAUUCAUAAUUCUACUUUUUGUUUAUCUGAACAAAGAAAUUGCACAUUUUUUUAAUUGAUUUUAUUCUCUUUUUUUUCUCUUUGGAAUUAUUAUUAAAAGUGAAAAUAAAAUUAAAUGAAAAAAAAAACCAAA